AUGAGUCAAAAUCAAGGCAUGGGUCCGUAUCGCUUUGACCUACCCGACGACGGCCUGGCGAUCUACCGCGAGGGUCAAGUGCUCGAGCAAUAUCUCGCCUGCGACGAGUACUGGUGGUGGCAGAAGCUAAGGGUCGGUAACAAGACCUUCAAGUUCCCUGCGUAUGCCCACACCACGGAGGAACAGAAGGUGAAGGUGUGGAAGUCAUUUCGGGAUCUGGCGAGAGUUGAACGACCCAUGGAAGGCGCCGUCAACCUGGAGAGGCCCAAAUUCGGCGAGUUCCAAUUGACCUGGUUGUCAGUUUCUGAACUCCGACAGGCGAAGAGGAUCCUGGAGGCUGAGGGCGCCGGGGACUAUGAUAUCUACAUCCAGGCCAUUGGAAAUGCCCUCAAGCGCGAGGGCAAAUCCGACGAGAAGGCCAAGGGGUCGUCCUGUUUCCCUACUGGCCUGUUCUGCUGUGAAUGCUGUUGGUGA